AUGCCUCACCAGCGCCCCAUCUUGGUGGAACAGCUUCCGGUCUUGGGACGGGCGAACUGGCUGCAGGCUGCAUCAGCCAAGAAUCAAGAUCUAUUCCAAGUAAAUUCCGAUCCGUCCUCCGUUGCGACACAAACAAUCAAGAAUCUCCAACAUCUCCUCCAACAGCACCAAUUUUUCUGCGACUUACUGUCAGCCACGACGCCUUUCCUUUCCCCACAGCGUGCGAUUGUGCCUGUUAAACCACGAGCUAAGGCGCUAGAUGCGGGCCAGGCCUUAGCUGGUACUGUCUCACACCAAUCACCACAGUCAUCAAUCGUAUCUCGUCCAUUUGUUGCCCUCGGAAAAUCGCCCUUCACGGUCGAUGUCCCGGGCUACGAGGCUGUCCAGGGAGAAACCAUCCCUCGCCGAAAUAUAAACUACAAGGACCAAUUACUUCAGCGACCAGAGGACUCAAUCAACACCGUAUAUGAUAUCGUCAAGCGGGGGGCUGCGAAGUUCGGUAAUGCAAAAUGCAUGGGUUCGCGAGAGCUUCUACAGGUGCACAAGGAGAACAAGAAGGUGAAGAAGCUGGUGGGCGGGGAGGAGCAGGAGGUGGAUAGGGAGUGGUCAUACUUUGAAUUAAGUGGCUACAACUUCAUCAGCUUCCAUGAGUAUGAGAAAUUGACUCUACAGCUCGGGGCGGGUCUGAGGAAACUUGGCCUGGCCAAAGGGGAUAGGCUCCACCUUUAUGCAAGUACGAGCGAUCGGUGGCUUGCAGUGGCCCAUGGUGCGAUUUCGCAGUCCAUGCCUAUUGUUACCUCGUACGACACCCUUGGCGAGGAAGGGCUGCGGCAUUCAGCUGUAGAAGCUGGUUCCAAAGCUCUCUUUACAGACCCGCAGCUUCUGGGCUCAGUCGCUAAAUUGCUGGCUGAUGCUAGAUGUAUCAGAGUGGUUAUUUACAACAAAACCUGCUUGCUCCAAGAGGAGGCGUUGAGUUCCCUGAAAUCUGCACAUCCUAUGGUGACUGUUAUCAGCUUUGAGGAGCUCAGGAAGCUUGGAGAGGAUCAUCCCGUCGAGCCUGUUCCUCCAGAUGCGGAGGAUAUGGGCAUGAUUAUGUACACUUCAGGUGCUACGGGACCUCCAAAGGGUGUAUCCCUGAAACAUAAACAUGUUGUUGCUGCUGUUGCUGGAAUCGAUUCGAUGAUUGGACCCCAUAUUGGUCCCAGUGAUACUGUCCUAACGUUCCUCCCCUUGGCGCAUAUUUUCGAAUUUGUAUUCGAGCACGCAGCACUGUUCUGGGGCAGUCCAAUGGGCUACGGAAACCCCAAAACGCUUGCAGACAUAUCCACCCGCAACUGCAAAGGUGAUAUCCGUGAGCUCAGGCCAACCCUGAUGAUCGGUGUUCCGGCUGUGUGGGAAACCGUGAGAAAGGGCGUCGUUGCAAAAGUUGGGCAGGCUGGGUUAAUCUCGAGAGCGCUCUUCUGGGCAGCUUUCUACCUCAAACGUGCGCUCGUCAAUCAUCAGUUUGGCUGGUCGGCUAUUUUGAACUCUGUAAUCUUCAAAAAGAUCACCGAAGCCACCGGAGGCAGGCUCAGGUUCGUUAUGAAUGGAGCUGGGCCCAUUGCUCGAGAGACGCAAGAGUUUAUCUCUUUGGUGGUAGCUCCCAUGGUUAUCGGAUACGGUUUAACCGAAACAUCCGCCAUUGCGUCUGUUUCCGAUCCAUGGGGAUGGUGCCAUGAGACGCUGGGCGAUAUCCCCGGCUGCGUUGAAGUCAAACUGGUUGAUUUCCCGGAAGCCGGGUAUUAUACAAAAUCUACGCCGCCACAAGGCGAAAUCUGGGUUCGAGGGAAUAGCAUAAUGGAAGGAUACUAUAAAAACGAAGCCCUGACGGCCGAAGUCAUGACAGCGGAUGGCUGGUUUAAAUCCGGGGAUAUUGGGCAGUGGGAUGAAAAUGGCCACCUCCGAGUCAUUGACCGGAAGAAGAGUCUAGUCAAGACUCUGAAUGGGGAAUACAUAGCACUGGAAAAGCUCGAAUCCGUAUACCGGACUGCGAGUGUGGUGGGAAACAUCUGCGUUUACGCGGCACCCGAUAAAGCCAAAGCAGUCGCCUUGGUGGUCCCCGUUGAGCAGGCGUUGAAGAACGUAGCUGUAGAGAACGGCAUCCAGAGCCAGGAUCUCGUCCAUGACAAGAAACUUCGAAGUGUUGUGCUGCAGAAUAUGCAGACGAUCGGACGGAAGGCGGGGCUUACUGGGUUGGAAAUCAUUGAUGGCGUUGUGCUCGUGGAGGAGCCGUGGACGGCGCAGAAUGGGCUCACGACGGCGACGGAUAAACUGAACAGGAAAGGCAUUCAUGACAAGUAUAAAGCUGAAAUCGACGAUGCGUAUGAGCGCGGAUAAGAAUGCAGGCCUCCUCGCAGAGCAGUAUUCGUCACCCCGCUACAAUGUUCCUUCUAAGCCGUCAGGGCUUGCGCUUUUUGUACGACAUAAAUAUGUAUAUAUUCAUCAUAUUAACCAACGGGUGGAGUUAUUUAACGAAUGGGGCGGAUGGCGGAGGACUGGGGAUACGGAACAAAACCAACCCUGGACGUCCUGAUCUUCAGCAUGUAUUUAAAAAUGCUUUUCAUCUGGAGACCUGACAUGGUGGAUACAUGGCCUGCACUUUCUAGUGAAAGAGAGCGGCGUGGUAUUUUAAUGUAUCGGCAUUGUGUUCCGG